UCUCUCUCUCUCUCUCUCUCUCUCUCUCUCUCUCUCUCUCUCUCUCUCUCUCUCUCUGUGUGUCUCUGUGUCUCUCUGUGUUGUUUGUUUUUGUGUAUAUUUGUUGUCUAGUAAUGACAAGGCCCAAAUUCAGGCCCUGCCCUUCUUGCCAGACCCCCAAUCAGGCAAACAGGAAAACUUGUAAUGUUUGUUUUGCAAGCCUGUCCACCAAAAAGAAAAUUAAGGAAAAAGUGGUGUCACUGGAUAGCCAGUGGGGGGAAUCUGUCCUUAAAAGCAGAAAUGGUGGGCGUAUAAUUGAUUCUGCCCGUAUUGCAGUGAGUAAACUGGAAGCUGUGGGGUACAAGCCAAUUUUAUUUAUUGGCAAGCCAGACAAAAGGGCUUCAAAUAAAUGGGUUGCAGAUAUAAUUACACAUCUGCACCCCACUCCUGUCACUAAAACUCUUUUGGAUAAGAUGCGGAGGGCCUAUGAAUUUAUCUUGACAAAAUCAACCUCCUCAGCACAGCAACCGGAGAGUCAAGCGGCGGCGGAGAGUCAAGGGGCGGAGGGUCAAGCGGCGGCGGAGAGUCAAGCGGCGGAGGGUCAAGCGGCGGCGGAGAGUCAAGGGGCGGAGGGUCAAGCGGCGGCGGAGAGUCAAGGGGCGGAGGGUCAAGCGGCGGCGGAGAGUCAAGGGGCGGAGGGUCAAGCGGCGGCGGAGAGUCAAGCGGCAGGGGAGAGUAAAGCGGCGGCAGAGGGUCAAGCGGCAACGGAGGGUCAAAUGGUGGCGGAGAGUCAAGCGGCGACGAAGGGUCAAAUGGCGGCGGAGAGUCAAGCCGCGGAGGGUCAAGCGGCCGCGGAGGGUCAAGCGGCAGCGGAGGGUCAAACGGCGGCGGAGAGUCAAGCGGCGGCGGAGAGUCAAGCGGCGGCGGAGAGUCAAGCGGCGGCAGAGAGUCAAGCGGCGACGAAGGGUCAAAUGGCGGUGGAGAGUCAAGCCGCGGAGGGUCAAGCGGCCGCGGAGGGUCAAGCGGCAGCGGAGGGUCAAACGGCGGCGGAGAGUCAAGCGGCGGCGGAGAGUCAAGCGGCGGCGGAGGGUCAAGCGGCAGCGGAGGGUCAAACGGCGGCGGAGAGUCAAGCGGCGGCGGAGGGUCAAGCGGCAGCGGAGGGUCAAACGGCGGCGGAGAGUCAAGCGGCGGCGGAGAGUCAAGUAGCGGAGAUUCAAACCAAGGAGACUGUAUUUGUUCUUAACCUUGUUCCUCUGUCUUCCCCACUCUCUCCAACCUCUCUCUCUCCUACUUCCUCUUCUACUUGUACAACUAUUCUUCCUUCACUUUCUUCCCCACUUUCACUGCCAUGCUCUAAGUCUUUGCGACAAAUUAAACGGACAAACACCUCUACCUCUUCACGCUAUUCUCCCUCUGUCUCUCCUCCAUCUCUGUCUGCCUCUUCCAUCUCCACGUCUUUGAGUCAGGAAGGGCCACGUGUGAAGAACAGAAGAAAAGGUUGCCGAAAAUGUAGUAGGCAGAAGGUUUUCCAGUUUGAUCGAAUAACUGGGGAACGGAUAAAUGAGGGGAAAGCUGAAUUGAAAGUCCACUGGUUGCCAUGCACUGUGUGUGGCAAAACUUGGGAUGAUACGUGGGAGCCUGCCAGUGAAUUCGCACAUUUGAUGCCUAAUUCCCCACAUCCCAACCAGCUUUCAGCAUGA